AUCGGAAACAUAUUUAUAAAUGGAUUAACUUUUAUAUUUAGAACAUGAGAUUUAAACCCACCAUGUAUCUUUGAUUGGUCAGACAUGCAAAUAGAAUGCAUUUUCUUCAUGCUUUUAACAUGCAGAAAGAUAAUGAGUGAUAUCUGGACCUCACUAAACUUGCUCCAUACCAAACAAAAUCACCUGAUUAGCCCUCGGCCAUUUCACUCGAAAGAGCGUGGAAGAAUGAAAAGUAACAUGGACGAUAUAUGAUCACAAAACAUGCGGGAAGCAUUUCAUGCUGUGUUAAUUAGAGAAUGAAGCCAAGCCAAAAAGAGAUUUCAUCCAUUGCAGAGAAAGAGAUAGAAAUUAAGAACAUAUGAUGUACAAGAGUAAGCUGCAGGAGCUGUGCCAUGAAAACAAAUGGGGUUUGCCAAGAUACACUGCCAUGAAAGAUGGACCGGAUCACAAUCCUUGCUUCAAGGCUUGUGUUUCAGUAAAUGGCUACUCCUUUGACUCGCCGGUUACUUGUAAAUCUUUCAAACAAGCCCAGAACCAAGCUGCCAUGAUCGCUUUUCUUCACUUCACCUCUCCACCUUCUUCUUCUUCUUCACUUUCACCGGUGGAUGAGCAUAGCACCUCGGAGAGCCCAGAGUUCAACACUACUAGUACUUUAAAGAAGGCAGAGAAUGCUGCUUCUAUGUCUAUUUCAUUCUCAGACGGGUUUCAGGAUGACGAACCUGGUCGUCUUUACAAGAAUCUCUUACAGGAGUUGGCUCAGAGAGAAGGUUUUUCCAUGCCAGCAUAUACAACUGUGAACUCGGGUGCAUUUCACAUGCCAACAUUCUAUUCCACUGUGGAUGUGGAAGGAGAGAAAUUCUCCGGACAUGUGGGGAAAUCCAAAAAACAGGCAGAGUUGAGUGCCGCGAAGGUUGCUUACACCACCUUAAAAGAGCGUGCUCUCAAAACCACUCAAAGCACUAACUGGAGAAUGAAUGUUGUUCCUGAACAAGAUUUGGUUUCCUCUCCAACUACCAAGAAUAAGGAAUGUGCUUUAGAAACUAAAGAGAUCGAUGAAGUUAAAGGGUCAGACAAUGUAUUGGACAACAUCAAUCUCAAAGCUGUGUACUGCAAUGCACCUGAUGCAAUGGUACUGGAAAUCGAUAAUAUGAAUAAAACUGGAAAGCCUUCCUCAUGUUUGGAAACAGUGCCCUCUUCAACUAAAGAAUACCCUUCCUCUCCAGCAUUUAUGCAUACUGAUCUUUCGGCUAUCUCAAUUGUGGAUAAAAAUGAAGGGAAAUUAACGGGAUUGAAAAGUUACUUGCUGUGCAACAGGUUUAGAGUCUACACACAUUUUCCAGAUAUUGCAUUCCCCAAGUGCAUAACUGUGCUGCCCAUCAGUGAUGACAAAUGGGUGGCUGUCAGGUUGGAGUUCCCAAAUGAAGAAAGCAAUUAGGUUGAGGUGCUUCUACCAUCCUAUUUAUAUAGAUGGUAUUGAAUAAGACCUGGAUUUACAAUGUAAUAUCCAACUAGUCGACUUUCACAAUUCACAUAUUCUACAAGGAACUAGAAUAAUAGUUAUGUUUAAUUCUUCAAGUUUAUGAAAUGUAAUUAUUGCUUCACAUGCUACUUAUAA